AUGAAUCCUUAUCUUCCCUUUCUUCUACAUUUUCUCGGCAGCGUCGCACAGGCGCUGGUCUUAGAGCGCUUGAGCGCCACCGCGAAACGCGUUGUGCUCGCGCUUUCUCUAUCACUGCUCGGCGCUCUCGUCGUCUGGCAUGUUCCGCGAUUCGAGGACAUGCUCGAGCGCUGUGAUUCUGCGCACGCAGAUAUUGCCCCCGCCAUCGACUCUGAUGCGCUAAAGGGCAGCGACAUCGAGGCGAGGUUCGCCAAGCUCGAGGACAAGACGAUGGAAAUGCACGCCAUUUCUUCCUCGUCCGAGGGUCGUAUCCAUAGGCUUCUUCGUGAUCCCCAGAGGCGCUGCGUAGCCUUUCGGCUCCUCAUAGAAUAUUUGGCGCUGUCUUGCGAGGUCAAGAGGGCUCUCCGAAGGGCAGAGUCCAUGACUUCGUACAAGCGAACUGCGGAUCGACAGGAACUUAUCAUUCCUCCCAUUGCCGUGCCCGCUCCUGUGGUUGUCAGCAACAGGUGCCGCGAUACGCAAACUUCCGCAUCGGCACGAAUUGUGUGCUAA